AUCGCUUAAAAAAUUUAAAUAUUUAUAAGGCUACAAAUAUACGAAGCAACUAGCACGAACACGCGGGGAGUAUUUAUGAACACCAAACUCAACUUCAAACCCCUUGUUCUUUCGUAUAAGCACAAAUAAAUAAUAAAUUUUCAGCACAAACACAAUACAACAAUUCGAACAAUUUGAAUAAGAGUGAUAAACCAAAAAUAUAAUUUCUAUACAAUAAAAGACUAAAAUCACUACAAAGGAGAUAUAAGGGAGUUUCAAGCCAAUAUACCGGAGCGAAACCCUAGGAGAGGCGUUUUGACCUUACCCACCCAAUUAAAAAUUGGGAUUUUUUUUUCGGACUGUUGACUGCCUUUGACCAGCGUUGACCGAACUUUGACCAGAUUGACCGAGACUUUCCUCUGCUCCAGGUCCAGUUCAAAUCCAGCAGUCCAUCCUAAAUCUUCAAGCCCAAAGAGUCCAGCAGUCCAGCAGCAGGGUCAGGCAGAUCCAGCAUCCACUUCUUCACGCGUCCAAGUUUGACCAGUAAGUAUCAGCAACUCCACGCGUGAAAAUAAUUGGGUUUAAUUUCUGUCCAACAAGAACAGGCUUCAGAUCUGAAAUCCAAGCCUUAUUCUUCAGCGACGAAAGGAGCUCAGCAACCUGCUUCGACGGACCUCCAUCGACUCCAGGGACGAACAAUGAUGCAGCGACAAACUCAGUCUUCAGCUGCCUGCGUCAACUCCUGCGGCCAGACCUCGGUUCCAAGCUUUCUGCUGCAAGCUCAAGAUUCGAGCUCCAGGCUUCAAGCUUCAAGUCCAGCCUCACGAACGAGCUCCUCCUUCUGCUACCAGAGACGAACAGAGAGGGAAAGCUACAACCUUAGCCUUCAGUCACCUCCAGCAACCUCCAGCGAACUCGACGGGCAGAAACAGAAAUCGACGGUCGAUUUCCGGCGGCAUCGAGUCCGGGCGAGUCACGAGCACUCCUCCAGUGACUUCAAUCGACAGUCAAUUGAAAAUCUGACCUCCGGAAUCUACGAACAACAAACCAGCGAUGAUGAACUAGCAACGACGAACGACGGUGUAAUUAAGCAGCAGGAGGUUCUAGCGGCAACGUAGAACAACAGUCAUAUCUUCUAGUAGCUUCAAUUGGCGGCGGACGGCGGCGGAGGGCAGAAUCCGACUCUGAUACCACUGUUGGGUGUGUAUUUCAGCUCAGGUCUCCAACCAAAACAACUCACACACACCACCCCAGGAUUGUUUAGCCACUCCACUCACCUUGUUUACCACUCCCUCACACUCUAACUACACACAAAGAAAGGAAGAGGAGCUCACUGCAUUGAACUCACCGUGUCACUCAAAAAGAGAAGAGGAGCACUCAAUUAUAUUAGGCUAUUAUUUGCUCAUGGGUGUCAAAGACAAACAAAGGUGGGGCUCGACACAGGCUAGCAAAAGUCAGGAGGCCAAGAGACAAAUAAUACCGAGUCAAUAAGAGUUGGCAGCGGAUAGGAAAUGCCAGGCUAGCUAGAUCAGUAAGAGUGUAGGAAGUAGGAGUAAACAUAGGGUGCCGGCCUUAACAUAAUAAGUGGAAGGGAUGCCUUGGUAGGACCAAUACCUCCAACACCUUUAAUUUGAAAGAAUAAAAUAAAAUGUUGAUUCUCUGUCAUUUCUUGUUGAUAAACAAGUCAAUUUUAAUAUUGGAUAGAACUUGAGGAGAAUGGUACUCCACUACUCCAUAAAGUUUCUAAAAGCUUCACCCCUUCGAAGUGCUCUCUGUUUUCUCGGCUCCCCAUCCCUGUUGUCUACCAGUUUUCGUGACCAAAAAUGGAAGACUGAGUACACCAGAGUACUAUGCCAUAUCGCCUUCUCAGUUUCAUAGCGAAGUACUCAUUUUAUUGAGUAUUGUCAUUCUUUGCUAAAAUUGUUCAUCGAUGGCAGAACAAGAAGAGAGCGACUCAGAGAGGAUUUUUAUGGAAUAUUAUAUAUGCCUAUAUUGCCUUCUCAGAAUUUGUUGGAUUGAGGCGGCAUUGUACGUUUACGUUAGUAGUCGUAUCACGUAUGUAGUCAGCAAAUUGUAAUAUAUGGUGGGAGGGUAAAAUAGAUAUUUGAAAUUAUUAUUUUUAAUUAAUUAUAUUGAAGUGGCUGUAAUUAGUAAUUUUGUGGCUGU